UCUCUUUUUUGGCAGCACCCAGCAGAGCAGCAGAGCCAAAGCACGCAGGAUGCCGGGAAAAAAAGGGGACUUCUUCCCCAGUGAGGAUUGCCCAACGGAGCUGACGUGAGCUGAAGUGGCACUCAUGCUGAGGUUUUCAAUUGUAGAGAUUGCAGCCCAACUAGAUUUAUUGCUAAUCCAUCAUAAGGAGAGCGCAGGCACAACCUGCUGCAGGACUGAGCUGCAUGUUCUUUUUUUGGUCAAAUUUUAUUUGGAUGUUUUCCUAUUAACAGUUUGAGGCCUGGUAUAACUUCUGGCCUUUUUAAGGAUGUGAAAGUGCAAAUUUUGGAGGGAGUCAGAGAAAAUUUGGUGGAAAUUCAUGGCCAAAUGCAGAGUCGUAGUGGCUUACCAAAAACAUUUAGGAGGCACAAUGUCUGCCAACCAGGGCAUGAGCCGUCGCAGUGUCUACAAUUAUUUCCUCAACAUGGUGGCCUAUCAGAUAUGCUGCUGCUGUGGGCCUGCUCCUUGCUCGCUAUGCUGUGCCUUCUGUCCUCCAGUCAAAUCAUCCACUAGCACUCGAGUCAUGUAUACCCUCUUUCACAUUAUGAGCUGCGCUGUCUCCUGCCUCAUGCUGUCGCGCACCGUCUCUGAGCUUGUCAGAGAAAAUGUGCCUUUCUUCAACGUAAUGUGCGAUCAGGCACAUGGCGGUGGUCACUGUGAGAUGCUUGUAGGCUACUCAGCAGUCUACAGAGUCUGCUUUGGCACUUCCUGUUUCUACCUAAUGAUGGCAAUCUUCCUCGUGGACGUCAAGUCUAGUCAGGACUUUAGAGCACUCAUACACAAUGGUUUCUGGUUCCUGAAACUUAUAACCUUGCUCGGGAUGUGUGCUGCUGCCUUCUUCAUUCCAACGGAGUCAUUCCUCCAUGCUUGGCAUUACGUUGGUGUGGUGGGAGGAUUUGCCUUCAUCCUCAUUCAGCUUAUCCUCAUCACUGCUUUUGCACACACCUGGAACAAAAACUGGCUUACAGGAGCAGCAGAAAAUAAACGUUGGUACUUGGCGGUGAUGUGCGCCACGCUUUUCUUUUACACCAUUGCCACCAUGGCCUUCACUUUCAUGUACAAAUAUUACACGCACCCCAUUGCCUGCCAAUUCAAUAAGGCCCUGCUGUGGAUCAACUUGGGACUCUGCUGCCUCAUGUCUUUCAUUGCAAUCACGCCAUGUGUCAAGCAGAAGCAACCUCGAUCAGGGCUUCUUCAGGCCUCCAUCAUCAGCUGUUAUGUCAUGUAUCUCACCUUUUCUGCAUUGUCUAGUCGCCCUCCUGAAAAAGUUGUUUAUCAGGGCAUGAACAUGACAGUAUGUUACCCCAGCGUGGGGCAAGAUGGGAUCCAAAAUGAGGGCAAUGCUGUGGCCAUCAUUGGAGCUGCAAUCAUGUACUGCUGUGUUCUUUUUGCAUGCAAUGAAGCUUCCUACCUUGCAGAGGUAUUUGGUCCAUUUUGGAUGAUCAAAGUUUACCGCUAUGAGUUCCAGAAAGCCACAUGCUGUUUCUGCUGCCCCGAGGAGGAGGAAGUCGAGGAAGAGUUUGUGAUCGAUGAUGACAACAAGGGCUGUCAGAAGGUCAUCCAUAAUGAGACGCAGAGAGUGGCAUAUAGCUACUUUUUCUUCCAUUUUGUCUUCUUCUUGGCCUCACUUUAUGUUAUGAUGACCCUCACCAACUGGUUCAGUUAUGAGUCGGCAGUGCUGGAGACCACCUUCACUCACGGAAGCUGGUCGACAUUCUGGGUGAAGAUGUCAUCAUGCUGGGCCUGUGUGAUCCUCUACCUUUGGCUGCUGCUGGCCCCCUUGUGUAGCUGUCAAAAUGAUUCCAGACCCCGCCGCUCCCGCAUCAAACGACGCUCGCCGUCCUCCCGUCACGUCACUGUAAGCGUUUGACGUACAGCAUGAAGGCCCGGGAGGUCACCUGAGUUCAUUCCUCUUCAGGGACACCUUAUCGAGGGGUGUCAAGGAUGGAGGUUAUAUGGUUCAAAGGUCUAAGACACACAUUGCUGUGAGACGGAGGGCCAUAUGAAUCGUGGAGAAUUCAAUGUCAUGAAGUUGAGGAAGACUUGACUGUGAAUUGCCAAAGUGAACAGAAGACGUCUCUGAAUGGAAAAUACAGGGAAUUUGGUCACUUCAAGAGAAUUUUUCAAUGACUGAAAAACAUUCUAAACUUGACCGCGAUGGAAUUACCAGUCUUUUGUAUUUUUUUAGGAGACAGUUUUAUUGCAUUUUUAUUUCAAGCCAGAAACUUGCCAUUUUAGGUCUGGCCUUGGAUGAUAUUGGUGAUAACUUGCUGUCACAUACCGCAUGGAAUGUACAGCUGUUUACGAUUGCUUUUAUCUUUUAAGACUAUUUGAGGUCAAAGGUUUUAUACACUUUUACAUUUUUAUUUUUAACAUUGUCAAAUGACACUCUAAAUCCGCUCAAUUAUAUACACUGCUGCAAAUCAAGAAAGAUUCCAAUCAAUUUUUAUUUUUAAAACAGUUAAUAAGAGUUAAUAGUUUAAACUAACAAUCUAAGUAGAAAAAAAGAAUAAUACACAAAUGUUAAUUAAGUUUCUUCACAAGUAUUUAUGCUUAUAAUCAAAUGUAAGUCUGUCUUGCUGGGAGUAACAUUUCCUAUGCUUGUACGUGUUAAAAGCUAUCUGUGGGGUCACCAACAACUGUCAUAAUGUUCAUCCACACAUUAGCUCUCUCUCAGCUCAUGGCUGACUCUUCACUUUAGCCACCGUCAUUGAAAACCUUCUAAUGAGAUCACUCAGUAUAAUCAGUUGAGCUUUUAUGUGUAAAUAUCUGCCUUUCUACAGACUAACAUGUUAAGUUCAAAAUGAAGUGGUGAAAGCUUUUUAAAGAAAACGUGGGGGAAAUGCAUGCCCCAUCGUGGCUCCCCUGAAAGUUGCAGUCAACAAAACCUGUUUACUUAGGUCAAAGGCUCUAGAUGCCAAGUCAGUUCAUAUAACAGGUAGCAUCCUUUGCUUGUUUUCUCAGAUUUUGUCAUUAGUAUUCUGUCAAGAUAAUGUUAUCAUCCCAAAAAACAAAAACCUAAAUUAGACUAUAGACAAGUUUCCGAAGUACUUCCGCAUUUCUGCAAGCGACUUCCGUUUUCAAAUUUUUUAUCAUUGAUUUCAAUAGCGCUGGAGUGGCAUCACUCAUUAAAAACCCUGAAAAAACAGGAUUUGGAGAUACCACAUCCUUCUGCCACCUCGACAUGGGAAUACAACAUUAAGAAAUAGCCGAGGGUGACCACAAGUAAAAUAUUAUCAUAUUUUAUUGACGAAGGCAAUGGAUGGAAAUGCCAUCAGGAACAAUGUUCCCUCUAAUUUUUCAUGUGUCUGAGCAGACACAAAAGCUCCCUGAGCACACUGCGGACCACGGUGAGCAACAUCAGACCUUGGGCCACACAUCAGUAUCACGCCUGUUCAAAACCCUGGGUCAUAGCAAUUACGUGGCUUAUUAAAAGAAUGAAACGACAGCAGCAAUUUUUAUUACCGGUACUUUACUUUUAAUAUCAUUGAUUUGGCCCACAUAAAAAGAAAAAGAUAAAAAUCUCAUUGUUCAUGAGAUUUGUACUAUGUUAUAUUUGAGAAUCCUGCUUUAACCAUAGGAAGAAUGCUGCUUUGGCCUGGGGAAGGUCCAGUUCUGGCAUAGAUGAGUUAAUAAAUAAAGCAUAAUGAACAACCACAAUGGGAGUACAGAAUAACAAACUCACACAUUAAAGCUGUUCAGACAAUAAGGACAAUCAAAAUUCAUAUUCUCAGUGUUUGAGCAGCUACACUGCAAAAACACAUCUCCUUAAAACUAGUUCAAUUCCCUUGUUUUCAGUGUAAAUCUAUUAGAAAUACAUUAAAUUAUCAGCCAAAUCAUACUAUUUUACUUUACAAUUUUUACUUUAAACAUUAUUUGAAAGCAUAUUUUUCUUGAUUUAUGUGAAAUAUUACUAACUUUUAGAUGUAUGAGCUUAAUAAGAACAAAUAGUAAUAUUUAAGUAAGUGGAAUACAGGGCAGGUUUAAAAAUAAUAAUAAUAAUAAUAAUAAACAAAAAACAGAAAAAAAUCUCUCAGUUUCACCGCUUGUUCUUCUGAUUACACAAAUUCAGACAGCCUUUACAUCUUAGAAGAACUGUAUUUCUUUUUUACAUUGGCUUGAUGAGUGCAGUAAUGCUGCCUGUUCCUUUUGCUACGAUAAAGGGUAUGCAUUUGCGUCUCAGCUGCACUGUUGUUAACUAACUAACCUGCACGGUGCGUAUGCACAGGACACAUACUGUAUGCACAACACUGUCAAUGCAAUGAUUGGCUGUGUAGCAUACGUGAAUUGACUGGAAUCUUAUCAUUGCCUAAACACCUGUUGCUCAUUGUUUUACGUUGCAGAAUGGUACAGAAAACAAUUUUGUUGGUCUAAUUAACUAGAUUAUAUGAGUUCUAAAAUUAGAUAUUAAUUAAUACUGUAGCGCUUGCGGAAUGUUGCUUCAGUAAAUCAGCACAGGAGUCUAGCUUUCUUUUCAACACCAAUGGGCACGCACCAAUAGACCCUACUCACCUACGUCACAAAAUGACGUGUCGCUGUAUCCGCCAUAUUGUCCGUCAUUUUUAAGCCCUAUUCUCAAUGGUUUCAAUUAGUCGUGCAAUUUAUAGAGCAAUUCAUGGAAGCCCCGGUGUUAUCUGACGCUGUAAACUCAUUGGAUGCGUUGCAUAAAAGGCGUUAUGUGGAAAAGCUUCAGUUUAUCCAUUCACCAGAUCCAUAUUUGAUGCCUAAAUCGAUGUUUUUCGACCCGCUGUCUUCGCCGUCUCUGCCUGACAUCUGC